UUCACUCUUUCUUUUCCACUUUUUCCCUCUUUCACUGUCGAAUCUCUCUCUUGCUCUCUUCCAGAUCUUUUCCCCCUCUCCCUCUCCUCUCUUACUCUCCAUCUCUCGUUUGUUCUUACUACAAUGGACAGCAAGAAGCAUAACGAUGGGUUUAAAACGAAAGAGGGUUUUACACAGAAGACUGCCAAGGAUUUGUUAGUUGAAGAUGAUGAAGAAGAAGUGGGAUUAGGACUUGGUUGUACUAGUGAUAAGAAAAGGAAAGGCAAGAGAAGCUGUUCAAAUGAAGGAAUUGGGGUUUCUUCUUCUUCCCCUUCUCCUUUUUCUUCUCCUUUUUGUCAAGUUGAAAAGUGCAAGGCUGAUCUUACUGAUGCUAAAACUUACCAUAGAAGACAUAAAGUUUGUGAGUUGCACUCUAAAGCUUCUGUUGUUCUUCUUGCUGGACUUCAUCAGAGGUUUUGUCAGCAAUGUAGCAGGUUCCAUGAAGUCUCCGAGUUUGAUGAAUCUAAAAGAAGUUGCCGCAGACGUUUAGCUGGACAUAAUGAAAGACGCAGGAAGAGUUCUUCUGAAUCCAAUGGAGAAGUUUCAAGCCAACAAGGGAAGAACCCGCAGCUGGAGGAAAAUCAUCGCAGGCCAACUGGUGAAACCAAGAAAGUUCAAAUCACUCACCCUAGAAAUGCUAAACAUUUUCAAAGUAGAUAGGAACCUUUAGCGCAUGCUCUCUCUCUUCUGUCAUAUUUUGAUGCACUGCUGAUAUUGUGCAUAUUAUGUCUGUCUAUCAAAGAAGCGGAAAACAUAAGAUCAAGACUGGAAGUAGAAAUUAGAUAAUUGUAAUAGCAGUCCAGUUUCAUGUUUUAUAGUACCGGCUGCCAAUAGUGGGCUGUUUCUGC